AUGUCUACCGCAGCAGUAGACGAAACAAACGAAAUCGAAUCAGCCAAAAAACAAGGCAAAUAUGUAGUCCUUGCUGGGUGCGUGCCCCAAGGUGCCCCAAAAUCCUCCUUUGUGCAAGGUUACAGCAUUAUAGGGGUGCAACAGAUUGAUAGGGUUGUAGAAGUUGUGGAAGAGACUCUUAAAGGCAACACUGUUAAAUUGUUAGGCCAGAAAAAACAAAAUGGUAAAAAAUCUGGCGGGGCCUCACUACUUUUACCUAAAGUAAGAAGGAAUCCUCUAAUUGAAAUCAUUGCCAUUAAUACUGGCUGCCUGAACCAGUGCACCUACUGUAAAACCAAACACGCCCGAGGCGAUCUUGGUAGCUACCCGCCUGAAGAAAUCGUUGCCAGAGCUAAACAAGCCUUUGAAGAAGGCGUAGUAGAAAUAUGGCUAACAUCAGAAGACACUGGUACUUAUGGCAGAGAUAUAGGCUCAUCCUUGCCAGAACUUCUAUGGAUGUUAGUUGAAGUGAUUCCUGAAGGCUGUCGUUUACGUUUAGGCAUGACCAAUCCCCCAUACAUCCUGGAACAUUUGGAAGAAAUUGCGAAAAUCAUGCACCAUCCUAGAGUUUAUGGGUUUUUGCACGUGCCAGUGCAAAGCGGCAGCGAUCAGGUUUUAGCCGACAUGAAACGCGAAUAUUGCAGAGCGGAUUUUGAGCGGGUGGUUGAGUUUUUGCAAGAAAAAGUGCCUGGAAUGACUAUAGCUACUGAUAUUAUUUGUGGCUUUCCUACUGAAACUGAAGAGAACUUUGAAGAUACAAUGACUUUGUGUGCAAAGUACAAGUUUCCUAGUUUGUUUAUUAAUCAGUUUUUUCCAAGGCCAGGCACUCCUGCUGCUUUAAUGCCUAGACUUGAUUCGCAACAGGUUAAAAAAAGAACAAAAAGGUUGACAGAGUUGUUUUACAGCUACGAGCCUUAUGGGCAUCAAGUAGGACAAAUACAGGAAGUUUUAGUAACAGAGGUAUCUCACGAUAAAAAAUACUAUGUUGGUCAUAACCAGUUUUAUGAACAAGUUUUGGUACCAAUGAGGCCCAAUUUUAUGGGCAAAUUAGUUAAAGUACAAAUAAGCAGUGCCUCUAAGUUUUCCAUGAUGGGGCUGCCUUUGGACGAAGUCGUGAUGCCUGGAUUGGUUAAACCUUUGGAAAAAGGGGCAGUUUCUGGAUUGAAACUUGAGAAAAAUGACAAUAAGGUUAGUAGUGAUUUUGAUAUUAGCUUUGGGUGCCUCUAGUACUUGUGACUAUAAGUAUAAUUAUCAGGUUUUUGUGGAAUUUGUUAUAAAUGCGUUAUGUUAUUGUAUUUUGGUGUUUAUUAAUAGCACAAUAUACAAUUUAUUAACCAUAGGACACGGUGUACCCCAUAUUUUUCAUCAGAGUUUCUUUGAUGGCCGGCUGUAGCUCUUUUUGCAUGUAAGAUGUGAGCAACUGCCUGAUUCCUAAAAAAACAACCAAUCAAAUGUUUUGUAUUAAGGAAAAUAUAAUAGAUUACCCUUCAAAAAUAUAUCCUCCAUUUCCCUACUGACUUCCUCGUCAGGGUCUUCGGCGUAAUCUCUUCUUUUUAAGCCCGGUUCACAUCCGUAAGCGUACACAGAAAUGAAACCGGGUUCUAAAAAGUGACUGUCGGUUUUGACGUUGAACUGGCCUCUUUCGCGUCUGAUUGGCUCAGUGUGGAAUCUAAAAAUAAUACAUCAUGUAAGUGAGUGACAAAAUAUAAUGAAUAGUUGGAUUUACUAAUGAAGUAAGUAUUGUGAAUUUAAUAUUUGAGACCACCGGAAUUUAAAAUUGCAAUUGUGACCCCCAUCCACAAGGCUGGCAAUACAAACGAUAUCAGUAACUAUAGACCCAUAAGUGUAAUCAAUAACUUUGCAAAAAUAUUUGAAAAAUGUCUCAAGGAAAGAUUGAUGAAAUUCUUGGCUGUUUAUGUAUAAAUUGGUAAAACAAAUGACUGCAUAGCUAGAUGGUGUAGAGAAGAGCAUUGCUGUAUUCUUGGACCUGGCUAAGGCCUUUGAUACUGUGUCCCAUGCUAUAUUAUUGAACACACUUGAGAAGUGUGGUGUUAGGGAUAGGGCAUUGGAAAUCUUUG